GAAAAAGGAGAAGCAGCGGCCAGGCCAUUUACUCUGUGUCCCGCUCCGGGAACUCCUCGGACCGGCAGCAAGCAGCUGUACGGGAGAAGCGAGCCUCAGAGGAGGACGUUCUGCCACACCUAAUCAGAACACGCAGGACUUGGUAGGAGCCACCAUGGGUGCUAUGAGUCCCAGAGGCCACAAGGCAGAACCCCAGGUGGUGAUGAUGGGCCUGGACUCGGCGGGCAAGACCACGCUGCUGUACAAGCUGAAGGGCCACCAGCAGGUGGAGACCCUGCCCACCGUGGGUUUUAACGUGGAGCCUCUCGAAGCUCCAGGGAACCUGUCACUGACUCUCUGGGACGUCGGGGGCCAGACGCAGCUCAGGGCCAGCUGGAAGGACCAUCUGGAAGGCACAGACACCCUCGUGUACGUGCUGGACAGCACGGACGAAGCCCGCUUGCCGGAGGCUGUGGCUGCACUCACCGAGGUCCUGGACGACCCCAGCAUGGCCGGCGUCCCCUUCCUGGUGCUGGCCAACAAGCAGGAGGCGCCCGACGCUCUUCCGCUGCUGGAGAUCAGGAGCAGGCUGGGCCUGGAGCGAUUCCAGGACCACCGUUGGGAGCUCCAGGCCUGCAGUGCCCUCACUGGGGAGGGACUGUCUGAGGCCCUGAAGAGCCUGCAGCGCCUCCUGAAACCCCGCAGCCACCUGUGUCCCCUGUGAGAGCCACAGGAGGGAGAGAGGGGAGGGCAAGAGAGCCCUAGCAGCCCAGAGCUUGGCUCAUGCAAACCAGAAAAACCAGCCACUCCAUGAGACCCUUAAGCUCUGUUUAUCAAAGAAAUCCUUCUGUUCUUGGACAGGAUAUUGGAUAUUUCUGGGUGGUGCUUAUGUUGCGAAUCAACUAUUCUUUGAAUAAGGAUGCAAUAAGAAGGAACAAAGAAACGGCACAGAUUUCACUGAACAGCUCAUUGCCAAGUGCAAGUGAAGCAACAAGGGGUUACAGAAAAGAUACCCACGUCCACACAGGAAAAAGCAUUUCCAAAUCAGAUUUGCUCAUCAUCAGGACAGGAUCUCUUUCGAGAUAUGUGAUUUCCCCGGUGGCCUUCGGGCAUGUGUCGCUGUGGCUGUGACUGCGAGUAGCCAGAGCCAGCAACAGAGCAGGUAAAGUCUGCUCCCACGAGCUUUGCCUUUAGAAGCUCCCGUGGAGCUCAGCCCCCGGGCAAGGGGCUGGGAGCCAAGGCCUCCCCAAACUACCCUCUUCUCUCUCCCUGAUGGGCCCUUCCUUACCCUUGGUCAACCCUUCAUUUCCACGGUGUAGCACAUAUCUCUCCUUAAAUAUCAGUUUAAUCAAUCAUUUCAUUCAUGUAUUCAGUUAAUCAAAAAGUAUGUAGAGCAUUUAACUCCUGGAUAUGAACCAGGUGUUUUCAAUGAGACCUUGAGUUCCAAACACAUGGAGACAGCUGCGCCUUCUCUUAUGUUAUUGGCAGAAGCAGGGAGAGUUGAACCCAGCCUCCUAGAAGGGUGUGGGGCUCCUUCUCUGCCUAGGAUCCCAGGAGCUUUUAAAGUUAGCUGUAGGAGGUUAUGCUUUGGGCCAUUUUUCUAGGGUCAUGGGCCCACAUUUUUUCAUCUGACUUUCAAAGACAUCUGUUUUUCCCAUGGGUUAAGAAUCACUAAUCUGGUUUUCUCCCACAUCCAACCCUGGAAUAUUUUCUGUAACCUGUUUGUUUUUUAGUGAUAAAGAACUGUCAGGGGGCUGGCGCUGUGGCUCAGCGGGUUAAAGCCCUGGCCUGAAGCACCGGCAUCCCAUAUGGGCACCAGUUCUAGUCCUGGUUGCUCUUCUUCCGAUCCAGCUCUCUGCUAUAGCUUGGGAAAGCAGUAAAAGAUGGUCCAAGUCCUUGGGCCCCUUGCACCCACAUGGGAAACCUGGAAGAAGCUCCUGGCUCCUGGCUUCGGAUCGGCUCAGUUCUGGCCGUUGUGGCCAUCUGGGGAGUGAACCAGUGGAUGGAAGACCUCUCUCUCUUUCUCUACCUCUCUCUGUAACUCUGUCUUUCAAAUAAAUAAAAUAAAUAUUUAAAAAAAAACUGUCAUUGGCACCUGUUGUCAUGUCAAACGGCUCUACAUGUUGACUAUUCCUUCUGAUCCUAGGUUAAAACCAGCCUCCUUACAGCUCCUGGCAGUAACAAAGCAAAAAUGGGCCCUCAAAGCCCUCUGACACCUGAGACCUGCCAGGCCCCUCUCUACCCAAACUCUUCCGUUCCAA